GAAGCGGCCGGGCGCUGAGGGCGGAGCCGCCGGCGGGGGCGCAGGGAGAGCGGCGCCCGGGGCCCCAGCCCGCCCGGCCGGGGAGGAGCGGAGCGGAGGAGCUGCCGGCGCUAGAUUCUAAAAAUCUGCCUUUACUGAGUUCUCCAGGAGGUAACCAACCACUGUGGAGCUAUAUUUGGAGGCUGGAGAUGGAGCCAAAAGAACUUCAUGUUUCUAUGACUUGUAUUGUAACCUGACUCAGUGAUACUUUUGGAUAUACAUUUCUGUUCUAAGGAGAAGAGUGUGUACUCCCAAUUCUGCCAGUUUACUGGCAGAGAUUUUAAGAUCAUGGACCAUUCAAACAGGGAGAAGGAUGAAAGGCAGCGGACAACAAAAGGAAUGCCAGGGAGGAGUGGGCAUGGUUCUCGACCGAGUUCUGCUACGUCCUCUGGUGUUCUUAUGGUGGGACCCAAUUUCAGAGUGGGCAAGAAGAUAGGGUGUGGGAACUUCGGAGAGCUCAGACUAGGCAAAAAUCUCUAUACCAAUGAAUAUGUAGCGAUCAAACUGGAACCAAUAAAAUCCCGUGCCCCACAGCUUCAUUUAGAGUACAGGUUUUAUAAACAGCUCGGCAGUGCAGCUGAAGGCCUCCCCCAGGUGUAUUACUUUGGGCCAUGUGGAAAGUACAAUGCCAUGGUACUAGAACUACUUGGUCCUAGCUUGGAAGAUUUGUUUGACCUCUGUGAUAGAACUUUCACUUUGAAGACGGUAUUAAUGAUAGCCAUCCAGCUGAUAUCUCGAAUGGAAUAUGUGCAUUCAAAGAACCUCAUUUACCGAGAUGUCAAGCCAGAGAAUUUCCUUAUUGGCCGGCAAGGCAAUAAGAGAGAACACAUCAUUCACAUCAUUGACUUUGGAUUGGCCAAGGAGUACAUUGAUCCUGAAACCAAAAAACACAUACCUUACAGGGAACACAAGAGCCUAACUGGAACAGCGAGAUAUAUGUCCAUCAAUACACAUCUUGGCAAAGAGCAAAGUCGGCGAGAUGACUUGGAAGCCCUUGGCCACAUGUUCAUGUAUUUUCUUCGAGGCAGUCUGCCCUGGCAAGGGCUCAAGGCUGACACCUUAAAAGAGAGAUAUCAGAAGAUUGGGGACACGAAGAGAAACACUCCAGUUGAAGUUCUCUGUGAGAACUUUCCAGAGGAGAUGGCCACAUAUCUUCGUUAUGUCAGGCGAUUAGACUUCUUUGAGAGACCAGACUACGAUUACUUACGAACUAUCUUUACAGAACUAUUCGAAAAAAAAGGCUACACCUUUGAUUAUGCCUACGACUGGGUUGGGAGGCCACUGCCUACUCCAGUGGGGUCCAUUCCUGUAGAUUCUGGGGCAUCUGCAAUAACAAGAGACAGCCACGCACAUAGGGAUCGACCGUCACAGCAACAUGCUCUUCGAAAUCCGAGACUUUCCAGUUUGGCCAAUGUACAUGGCAGAGGGGCUUUGCUGGCACAUGAUGGCAUAAGAUUCACUUCCUCUGUCAUCCUAAAUCAAGAAACUAAUAGGAGCAUAUAUCUCCUACUGCUACGAGAGAGAAGGCUGAACCUCUGGACUAGGAAGACGGCGUCAUCAGACCGCCGAGGAGAGUGGGAGAUCCAACCAAGCCGGCAGACAAAUACCUCGUACCUGACAUCUCACUUGGCUGCAGACCGUCAUGGGGGAUCAGUACAGGUGGUCAGUUCAACCAAUGGAGAACUGAAUGUUGACGACCCAACAGGGGCACACUCCAAUGCACCAAUCACAGCACAGGCCGAGGUGGAAGUGGUGGAGGAAGCUAAGUGCUGCUGCUUCUUUAAGAGGAAAAGGAAGAAGACUGCCCAGCGUCACAAAUGACCGGUGCCUCCUGGAGACUUGUGGGAACUCCACCUGCAGCUCCUGCCAUGUCUUACUGAAAGGAGCUUCUCUCUAGGGGGAGGAGGUGACAUAGGAGGAAGAGAAACAAGUGACAUUUUAAACCAAAAAGAGAAAAGAAAAUCGUUCCAAAACAAACCGCUCUGGGGUGGAUCUGCUCCAUGGUCUACUCAUUCGCUCCAAGCCUGAAGCUCUUUUUGGGAUCAGGACUGCAGCUGGCUCAGGUUGCCAGGUGGACUGGCUGGCUGACCCUCCUUCCCAUUGUUUACGGCAGAAGGCAUCAUUCACACAAACCUGAGAACUAUGCUUUGUUUCCUGCUCACUUUACUCCCCCUCACACUCUCUCUGCCCAUCCAUCCUCCUCCCUCCCCAAUGGAAAUACCCCUGGGAGGCUUCUUUGGCUAAGGGGCGGGUGAUAGGUGGUUGUCUGGGCAGGAAAGACAUGUGGGAGAAGGGCCUGGCGGGUAUGAGGCAAUUUCUCCCCGCAGUCCCUUUCAGCGUCAGCCUGUACUGCCAGCCUGGCCAGGUACAGCAGUGGGACACAGGCUCCCUCCUGGGUUCCUUGGGAACAGUUAUACUGUAGCGUGAGACUUGCAAUCUACUGUUCCAGUCUCUUGGGUUCUCUGGCUUCCUUGUUCACUCACUUCUCCAACUGGUAACAGAGCAGUGCGGAUUGUUUUAAAGAAACUGACAUUGUUGCACUUUUUAUUAUUUUUUAGCAUUGCAGAUGCAUAUUGUGUCUGUAGAUUUUUGCAUGGACAAGUGAUGCCGGCACAGACAGACAUUCAGCUUGGAAUGUGGAGGGGUGCAAAGAAUGUCCUUAACAGAGGGUUUGCUUGCAACAUCCAGAAAACCCUAAAGCUAGUCUGGGGUUCCUAUCACCCAUUGUUGGUCAUGCGCUGAGAGAAACCUACUUGAAUUUUGAAUCACCCUUUGUAGCUGCCAGUGAAUGUCCCUACCAUGGUUUCCUACUUGGUGCCUGACAUAACCAGCCUGGAGUUGGAAGGCAUAGUUUUCUGUUGGAGCAGGGAGAGGCAUCAGCCUUGCUGAGCUGGAGGAGUUUUCUCUGGGUAGACAAAUAGAUAUGGAUUACAUAACUGGAAACCUGAUGUUUCCCAAACUAGAUAUUUUGUAUGGCAGGGUGGCCUUCUAAACUUCUCAGAUGGUUUCUGGGAAGUUGAUUAUGGAGUAAGCACCUUUUCUUUCAAUUUACUGAAUGCUCUACAGUGGAAGUGCUGGGGUAGCUUUGCGCUCUCUAACAAGGAGUGGACACUUAACUGUCUUACAGUGACUGCAUCUGCAGGUGGCCAGAUAGGCUACUCAAAUCAGACCUUGUGUAGGCUUCAGGUGCGCUCUGCAAGCUGCCUAGGCCUGAGUGCAGGCACAGAGCUCUGUCUGUGAGGCCUGGAGCACACACCAUGCGGUUCUCCCUGAAGUGGGAGCGAAGGUCUUUUUAACACACCAUUCUUGAGCCAAACCAUUAUUUAGCAAAGACUUAGGGCACUUUGCACAUGAACUCUCAUAUCCCAGUGUCGGGAUUGCUGAGCUCUGAGUAGGCAGCUGCGGUUACUCCUGGGGGAAAUUGUGUGGGGUGGGUGUGGCAAAGGUUUACAAGAGCUAAAGAAGCUUUUUUGUGGAGGCUAGGAAUUGGUUCCUCGUGCUUUGCCUGUUUGCAUAUCAGCGUGGGUGGGAUUAGAUCCCUCAUUUCAGGGGCGGUAGUUGUCAUGUAGCUAGGGCUCUCCCACCCCAGUGCUUGAAUUCCCUACAGAGGCUUUAAUAUACCAUCUCUUCCAGCUGCCUCUGAGUGCGUGUAGUGGCAUGCACUGAAAGGGAAGCGAUGGGAGUGCUGGGAAGAAGCAGGGAAGGAGUGUUUAUGUUUCAAGGGUGGGCAGAGGCUCCCUCCCCCUUCAGGCAGAGCAGAGGAAGGCAGGCGAGCCCUCUGCUGCAGUUCAGUGGUUAGGAUUUGUAGUGUGAAACUCAGCCCCUUUUUCUAUAGUGAGGAUUCUGCUCUCUCGGAGAAUCCCUUUGGGGUGUUUCUCAGCUGCUAGCCAUUUUCUGCUGGGAUCUUAAUGCCUUAUUCAAAUGGAAAGAAAGCAGAUAUAGCCAAGGGUUUUGCUGCUCUUUCCUCUCUCCACCACUGGGGUGAAGUUAAGCUGCAGGCUGGCUUGCUCUUCAUUCACUAACCCACCAAGAGAUUUGUAAACCCACCGUUUUAAUUCUGCAAGAUGUUUUCCGUUAAGUGUAACAAGUGGGGUGCACAAGGAAAGGACUUUCCAUUCCCCAUGAGUGUGGCUGCUUGGACUCCCUAACCCCUUUUCUCUCUCCCAAGGAGAGGAGGGCAGGGGACAUUUAAUCGCUUAGUUUUGCCGCUCUGCCUCUUCCUGAACUCUUCCACUGCUGUUGACUUUCUAAGAAGUCAGGCUGUUUAAAAUGAGCAUUUCCUUAUACCCUCACCAUAGGAAACCAUGGUUCGGCAUCUUGGAGGGAGGGAGGCGCAGGAAUUUGUGGGGAGAAAGCCAUUGUAUGCUCCCAGCUCUCCAGAUUGUACUGGGCCCUGAGGCACAUGCAUUGCUGCCCUCCUAAACCCCAUUAAGUGCCUGUCACCAAAACUCAGAGGAGAAACUCAGUUCCUUCUGCAUUUCCUGACAUUGUUCAGUCAUUCCUAACUCUUUCCAAUCAGGGAGUAGCUUGUAGUUUACAAAGUAUGUGUGGGGAGGGGAGCGUUUCUGCAUUUUUUUUUCUUAAAUAUUUUUAAGUAAGUGAAUGUAUUUGAUUGGUAGAAAUUUUUCCUUGUUUUUAAGUGGGUCAGUUUGAAAGCCAUUUCAUGCCCCCACUACUGCUUUGCUCUGGGGAGUUAGUGUUCUUUUAAUCCUAUGAUAAUGUAUAUGGUAGGGGAGGGAAUGUCUCUCCCCAAGGCAUGCUGGUAAUGCUCACGUAUACCAAGCCCUCUUGCACUAUAGUCAUACGUUGGACUCUUCAGAAGGGCAAAGGAUGUAAAAAGCGGGUAAACAGUAAAUCCUAUUCUAAGGAGACUAUUCAACCCAGGAGGUUCAAGAAGUGACUGGUGAUACAAACCAGAUCGAGCAGGCCAUCUUACAGUAGGGAUUAGAGCAUUAAACCCACCUACAUUAAUUCCCUGCUUCUCCUCCCCACUGGAAGCUAAUGUAUUAGUUGGUAUAUACCUGCAUUCUUCCAAGAAAAUGAGAGGAGAAAAUCUCAGAUCACAGCUGGCCAAUGGAGCUGCUGAGCAAGAGCAUCAUCUGGCUGUCCUAUGUUUCCUUAGCAUGGCCUAAUACUGCAGCUGGAUUUCCAGACGUGGCUCGCCUGCAGCAGGGACCCACCAAUGUUCCAUUGCAGUCUCCUGAGGUCUCAAGUGAGGUUUUCAAUAAAAUAUUGCACUGCUGUAUUGAA